AUGCAUUCCCGCUCAACUUUACUACCCUAUGUCGUCCAAGCUGGUAACCCGCAAUCUAUUAGCUUGGUUCUGAGUAUCGACUGCAAGCCAUCGCUAAGCUACCUGGCGCGAAGUCGUCAAGGUAAAACAGCGCUCUUGGCAGCUAUUGACUUGGGUGAUGUUGACACCGCUCUGAAGCUGAUCGACAGGGGCGGCCAGCAGAUUAAUCUUAGAGACAUUGGUUUGGGAUGGCGGCCGCUCACAUUGGCUGUGGUGAGGAAUCAAGAGGAGAUUGUGAAAGGGCUGAUUACCAAGAAGGUAUCGGACGUCAAUGGCUACGAGGAUUCCAAAUAUCACGGAGCUCCCCUGAUUUUGGCGGCCCGGUCUGGUCGAUAUCGUCUAGUGGAGAUCUUGCUUACGAUCAAGAAGCUCGACAGACGUGUGGCAGAUCGCAAGUUGCGUACCGCCCUUGAUCUUGCAGUCAUAGCCGGCUGCUGGCGCACGGUUCAUGCUUUACUCGACGAUCCGUUUGAAAGAGAUUGUUUUGCGACGUAUGGACAUAAUCCAAUGUUUCAUGCAAUUGCAUCGGGAAAUGUCAAUAUCGUGGAGAGCUUGAUCCAGAAGAACUUCGCCGUCAUCCCUCCUUAUCUUGGCAAAGCUCUUCAAUCUGGUAAAGAGGCUGUGGUGCGAGCACUGCUUACAGGCCAGGCUCAGCUCGCAAGUGCCCAGUGGCUGGCCCGCAAAGCCUUAGCAUGCGCUGCAGAGGGAGGUCUUUUACACUUUGUCGAGACUCUCCUACCCGGUGCUGAUUCGGCGGAGCGCCACGAGGCGCUUUUAUGCGCAGUGGAAAAGAACCAUUGGGGAGUGGCCAGACUUAUCCUGGAUGAUGAUAGGGCACGCGAGGCCGACACAAUAUUUUCAGAAUAUCCUUUUGCUUCUUGGUACUUGCUUAUGGCCAGAAACAAUGGUGAAGCAUGCGAUGGUGCUGACUUCGACUUCAAAAGCUACUGCUUCUGUCUUGCAGAGCGGGAGUUCUAG